AUGUCAACACAUGAAAAAAAGAUGAGUCGCUUACGCCCAGUAUCUGACUCCCUGGAAAAUGUCGGAUUUGUUUCCAAGGGGGAUAAGAAACUGUUGGACCAUAAGAUUCAGACGCAGUACUUUGACAACAUAGUCGAUCGAUACAUGCGAUUUUGUGCCCAUCACUCAAAAGACCUCGAUGCAGCAUUGGCCUCUCUUCCAACAAGUCCCUCAAACGAUGCGACUUCCAAUCCGCCUGCUUCCCGGUCGCCCUUGAAAUUGAACCCCGCACAGAAGGGCAUCCCACCACCAUCGACGGAGCUAUCCACACUCCUUCUCUCCCUUCGGAAGCUGCGCGAAGCCGUUCUAGCUACAGCUACAACUACACCCGCAGAAUUCUCACAACGGAUUCAUGUCUUUUCCAUUCGCUUAGCUAUUCUCGCCCAUCACCCGCCGUCAUACUUCCCCUCUCUACGAUACGUUCUGGGUAAACUACACAACACAUCUCACCCACUACCCGGCGCUGAAGCCAAGGAACUGGUCACAUACUUAAUUCUCGAUUAUGCCUGUCGGCAAGGAGAUAUGAUUGCGGCAUUUGAACUGCGUUCCCGGGCGCGGAGAGAGCACUCCUAUGAGUCACAGACAGUGGAUAAGGUUUUGGGUGCCUUAAUGCACGACAAUUGGGUGGUGUUCUGGCAAUUACACAACAGCGUGGACUCUCACAUUCGCGCAGUGAUGAAUUGGGCUGCAGAUCGAGUUCGCAGACACGCCCUCAAAGCCGUGGGGAGUGCCUAUCUCAGCGUGCACAUCAGUUGGAUUUUGGGCGGCUGCACCGGAGACGAACAGAGUUGGACAUGGGAGAAAUUGGUCGAAAAGAGAAGCUUCGCUGGGAGCGCGAAGGUGAUAGGGUCAUCAUCAAGCGACUGA